AUGGAGUACAACGACUAUGGGUAUGCAAAGAUGAAUUCCAAGUAUCAGGUGGAGGAGAAAGAAGCUCUUGAACUCUUUGGAUUCAAGGAGGGCAGGAGGGCAGGAGGGGAGUGCAAGACGCGCCUGCGCCUCUUUCGCAAGAAACUUCAUCAUUUGCUGCAGUUGCCACCUCAAGCAUGA